AUGCGAGCGGAGGAGCCCUGCGCUCCCGGCGCUCCCGGCGCUCCCGGCGCCCCCGGCGCCCCUUGUGCCCCUGGUGUCCAGGGAACUACGGGUGUUCAGGGAACCCAGCGGGCGCCCAACCCCAAGCCGCGCCUGUCCAGACAGUUGCUGCCAGACCUGUACACUUUCUUGGCGCGUGUGCUUUUCUACCUGGUGCCGGUCUACCUAGCCGGCUACCUGGGGCUCAGCAUAACCUGGUUGUUGAUCGGCGCUUUGCUAUGGAUGUGGUGGCGGAAGAACCGCGACGGGAAACUAGGGCGCUUGGCUGCAGCCUUUGAAUUCCUAGACAACGAACGCCAAUUCAUCAGCCGCGAGCUGCGGGGCCAGCACCUGCCGGCCUGGAUCCACUUUCCGGACGUGGAGCGGGUCGAAUGGGCAAACAAGAUCAUCUUCCAGAUCUGGCCCUACCUAAGCAUGAUCAUGGAAAACAAAUUUCGGGAGAAACUCGAGCCAAAGAUCCGGGAGAAGAGCGCCCACCUGAGGAGCUUCACCUUCACCAAGCUCUACUUUGGACAGAAGUGCCCCCGGGUCAAUGGUGUUAAAGCCCACACUAACAAGUGUAACAGAAGACAGGUGGUCCUGGAUCUGCAGAUAUGUUACAUCGGAGACUGUGAGAUCAGUGUGGAGCUGCAGAAGAUACAGGCUGGUGUGAAAGGGAUCCAGUUGCAGGGCACACUUCGGAUCAUUCUGGAGCCCCUCCUGGUGGACAAGCCCUUUGUGGGAGCUGUAACCGUGUUCUUUCUACAGAAGCCGCACCUGCAGAUCAACUGGACAGGCCUGACCAACCUGCUGGAUGCACCCGGAAUCAACGAGGUGUCAGACAGCCUACUGGAGGACCUCAUUGCCGCCCACCUGGUGCUGCCCAACCGCGUGACCGUACCUGUGAAGAAGGGGCUGGAUGUGACCACCCUGCGCUUCCCUCUGCCCUGUGGAGUAAUCAGAGUCCACCUGCUGGAGGCGGAGAACCUGGCCCAGAAGGAUAACUUCCUGGGGAUUCGAGGCAAGUCAGACCCCUACGCCAAGGUGAGCAUUGGCUUGCAGCAUUUCCGGAGCAGGACCAUCUACAAGAACCUGAACCCCACUUGGAAUGAGAUGUUUGAGCUCAUAGUGUAUGAAGUUCCUGGGCAGGACCUGGAGGUGGACCUGUACGAUGAGGACACUGACAGGGAUGACUUCCUGGGCAGCCUGCAGAUCUGCCUUGGCGAUGUCAUGACCAACAGAGUGGUAGACGAGUGGUUUGUCCUGAACAACACAACCAGCGGACGGCUGCACCUUCGGCUUGAGUGGCUUUCACUGACCACUGACCAGGAAGCCCUGGCUGAAGACCCUGGUGGCCCCCCAACUGCUGCUCUCUCCACUGCCAUCCUCGUGGUCUUCCUGGAGAGUGCCUGCAACCUGCCGAGAAGCCCUUUUGACUACCUGAAUGGUGAAUAUCGAGCCAAAAAACUCUCCAGGUUUGCCAAGAAUAAAGUCAGCAGAGACCCUUCUUCCUAUGUCAGGCUGUCUGUCGGCAAGAAGACCCACAUGAGCAAGACGUGUCACCACAGCAAGGACCCCGUGUGGGGCCAAGUGUUCUCCUUCUUUGUGUACAACGUGGCAGCUGAGCAGCUACAUCUAAAGGUGCUUGAUGACGACCAGGAGUGUGCCCUCGGAGUGCUGGAAUUUGCCCUGUGCCAGCUCCUGUCCUGUGCAGACCUCACCCUUGAGCAGCGUUUUCAGCUGGACCACUCAGGCCUGGACAGCCUCAUCUCCAUGAGGCUGGUGCUGCGGUUCCUGCGCGUGGAGGAACGAGAGCUGGGGAGUCCAUACACAGGACCUGAAGCCCUAAAGAAAGGCCCUCUGCUUAUCAAGAAGGUGGCCACCAACCAGGGCCCUAAAGCCCCACCCCAGGGAGAGGGCCCUGAAGAUGUGCCAUUUCCCCCAGAUCCUGCUUCUGACACCAAGGAGACCUCCAAGAGCACCAUACCCCCCACCAGUGCCCCCACUGCUGCCCCCGAGGCCAUACCCCAAGAGACAGGCCUAAAGCCCAAAGGCAAGGACAGUGCCAAGGGGUUUUGUGAGCCAAUAGGAGAGAAGAAGAGUUCGGCUACCAUCUUCUUGACUGUCCCAGGCCCUCACUCUCCAGGGCCCAUCAAGUCUCCCAGACCCAUGAAACGUCCUUCCUCCCCGUUCAUAUGGCCGCCCAAGGGGCUGGCUCCCAGCAUGUCCUCACUCAACUCCCUGGCCUCCUCCUGCUUUGACCUGACAGAUUUCAGCCUCAACAUUGAAGGCGAGGAUCUAAGGCGUCAGCGGCUGGGUGAGAUUCAACUCACAGUGCGCUAUGUGUGUCUGCGGCGCUGCCUCAGUGUCCUAAUCAAUGGCUGCAGAAACCUGACACCCUGUACCAUCAGUGGAGCUGAUCCCUACGUCCGUGUGUACUUGUUGCCAGAAAGGAGGUGGGCAAGUCGGAAGAAGACCUCAGUGAAGAGGAAGACCCUGGAGCCCCUGUUUGAUGAGACAUUUGAAUUCUUUGUUCCUAUGGAAGAGGUAAAGAAGAGGUCACUAGAUGUUGCAGUAAAAAAUAGUAGGCCACUUGGCUCACACAGAAGAAAGGAGCUAGGCAAAGUACUGAUUGACUUAUCCAAAGAAGAUUUGAUUAGGGGCUUUUCACAAUGGUAUGAGCUGACUGCAGAUGGACAGCCCAGAAGCUGA